UUUCCGGAGUUUAUUUUAGUUUUUGGGAAUUACGUUGGAAAAUCCAAAAUAUGGGAUGCUGUGCGGAUAUUAAGUUUCACGGGUACUUCAUCGGGGUGCUGGCCGGGCUGCUGGAGCUGAUUUCGUUGAGCAUCUCCGGCUACACACAGCUAGUGGAUGACGAUCCGAACCAUUCCGAGCUGCCGAAGGAUUUGCUGGAGUUGGUAAGCUGCUCGGCCGUCGACUACGUUGGAGAUGUGCUGAUUCUGAUAGCCGUCGGGAUGCUGAUUUAUGGAAUACAUAAGGAAAACCGAUACUUUAUUAUUCCGUUCACGAUCGCCAUCUGCUUCGACUGGGUAUCCUAUCUAGCACACAACAUCGACCGAGGAAUGCCCUUCCACGUGUGGAUGUUGACUACCGCUUUCUUCGUUUACGUCUUCGUGGCAAUGCUGAGUCUGUUCAUACUGUUUGGAACAAAAAUCAAAACCACAAAGGCGGAAAAGUUUGUCAAGUUUCACAGUCAGUUGGUGUGAAAAAUUAGAUUGCCACGCAACUGUCGGACAACCAGUGUUAGGUCUAAGAAUGUCAAUCCGAAACCAAAUUGUAUGUAACCUAUUUAUUCUCAUUAGAGUAAGUGUUGAAUAAAACUUUUGAUGGAAUCAGGAGUUUUCGU